UUAGCCACGACUCCGAUGACAGAGUUCAACAAAAAUACGGGGAAAAGUCUCUAUAUGGCAAGCUCUGUGUGGUACCUAUUUGGUGAGGAGGGCUGCUGCUGUGGGUUCAGAGUGUAAGGGAGAGGAGGAAUGUCGUCUCGGAACAGGAACUCAGUAUGGAUUCUGUCCGGGCGUGAGCGUGGCGCUCGGGUGCUGGGCUCCCAGCGUCUCCUGCAGCAGCUUGUAGAGGAGAGGACCCGCUGGAUGAAAUGGCAGAGUCAGAAAGUAGAGCUGCCAGACAAUCCACGUUCCACAUUCCUGCUGGCCUUCAGUCCAGACAGGAACCUUAUGGCUUCCACCCAUGUCAACCACAACAUCUACAUUACGGAUGUAAAGACUGGAAAGUGCCUGCAUUCCCUUGUGGGGCAUCGGCGCACACCCUGGUGUGUGACCUUUCACCCUACGAUCCCUGGCCUAGUGGCCUCAGGAUGCCUUGAUGGAGAAGUCCGCAUCUGGGAUCUGCAUGGUGGCAGUGAGAGCUGGUUCACAGAAAGUAACGUUGCCAUUGCUUCACUGGCCUUCCAUCCCACUGCCCAGCUGCUGCUCAUUGCCACCAACAAUGAACUUCAUUUCUGGGACUGGAGUCGGCCUGAACCUUUUGCUGUGGUCAAGACUGGCAGUGAAACAGAACGUGUCAGGUUGGUAAGGUUUGAUCCACUCGGUCACAAUCUUCUUACAGCGAUUGUGAAUCCCUCCAAUCAUCAGGGUGAUGAGGAUUCAGAAGUUCCCGUGGAUAGCAUGGAGAUCCUGUUCCGCCAGCGCUCGCUCCUGCGUUCGCCCCCCGUGCGCCGCACACCCAUUCUCCACAACUUCCUGCACAUCCUCUCAUCUCGUUCGUCAGGUGCAAGUGCUGCGGAGCAACAUACGAAUCCACAGUCAUCCCGCCCAGUUCCUGAACCCAGAGAGCCUCCCAGCAUGUCUCUGUUCCAGUACCCUGCUCGACCUGAGCCACCUCAGCAUGCUGCUCCUCAGGACUGCACCCAGCAGUUGGGCCUUUCGUGUGGGUGUAGCCGCUGCACAGCUUCACGCCCCUCUAACGCGUCUCAGACUCAGCCUUCCCUUCACUCCCAGCCUUUUCCAUCUGCCUUCCCCUCAGCCCCCACGCUGCCUAGACCACCUUCAGACAGGCCCUCAGCCUUUAGCACCGUGUAUGGCAGCAACCUUCCACCCCUUCGAUCAGGUCAGCACCCAGGUUCUCAGUCCAAUGGCCUUGAGCCCUCUGGAAGUCUUCUUGGUGCCGACUGGCCUGGAAGCCUUCUGAGUACAGGGCAGGAACCAAGUCUAACUGGAGGCGGUGUUGGUGGAAAUAUAGGGGUUAGGGGUGUGGUCCCUCCUCCACCCAGGACCAGCUCCUCCUUCUCCUCCUCCACGGGCUUACUGUCACUGCGUCGCCAUCAAGACGGCUCCUCUGCCUCACCCAUUUACACCUCUGCUACUGAGGGGCGUGGCCUGCCCCUACAAGGCGCCGAGUCCAUUCGAGCUGCUGCUGGCACCAGCAGUGGGCACCACCCUUUCUAUGAUGGAGCUCACCAUGGCAACCCAGCCUCUAUCCGAAACGUUCUACAGUGCAAUCUGAGCCGCUACUUUAUGGAGUAUGAACGCAUGCAGGACCUGGAACGGCCAUCGGGGGGUGCCAUUGCUGGAGGCAGCAGUGCAGGCCAGGAACAGACACAUGAGUUACUGGGCACAAGCAUGGAUUCUGAGAGAGCAGGUCCCUCACAUCAUCCCCCUGACUCCACUCAUGGUAAUCCCAGAGCGUGUCCCCAGCGCAGCAACCUCAACCGUUGUCGUUCAUGUCACAAUCUUCUUACCUUCAACCAUGACACCCAGCGCUGGGAGCGCACAGGCCAGACCUCCUCCUCCUCAUCUUCUUCCACCUCCACCCAAGAGGGGCCACAUUGGCAGCUCCCGGUGCCCACCUUUGAAGGCCAGGGACUGCGCCGAGAAUCACAGGAACCGGAGUUGAGACCGGUGGAGCAGGGAGAAGCCUCCGCCGGACUGGCAGGGCAGCAGCAUGUGGCUCUGGUGUACAAUCAGGAAACGGACCAGUGGGAACGAGUGUACAGGCAGGCCACACCAAUCCCCUCCACAGAAACGACACCAGAGGCCUUAAACGCAGAAGUGCCUGUGGACAACCCAGAAGAGGACUCCCUCAGGAGAAGGCUGCUGGAAUCUUCCCUCUUUCCUUUCUCCCGAUAUGACAUGUCAGGGUCUAGAGACCACCCCAUUUAUCCGGACCCCGCCAGGUUGUCUCCAGCUGCUUAUUAUGCCCAGCGAAUGAUCCAGUACCUAUCAAGGCGGGAAAGCAUUCGCCAGCGAUCCUUACAGAACAGACUUCGUACUCUGUCUGCCUCCUCUUCUUCUGAGAGCCCAGCCAGCAACCCCUCUCCACCUGUGGAGGGCAACGAUGUGGACUACGAGGAGUUAGAGGAGCCUGGAGACAGAACAAGGCAUCGAGUUCCACGUAAUGCCAGAAUGUCUGCACCAUCCCUUGGACGCUUUGUUCCACGGAGAUUUCUGUUGCCAGAGUAUCUUCCCUAUGCUGGAAUUUUCCAUGAGAGAGGGCAAUCUGGUAUAGCAACCCAUUCCUCUAUCAACAGAGUACUAGCUGGUGCAUCAAUAGGAGAUGGCCAGUCAGCAGUGGCCAGCAACAUAGCCAACACCACCUACCGACUGCAGUGGUGGGACUUCACAAAGUUUGACCUUCCUGAGAUUAGCAAUGCCUCUGUUAACGUCCUGGUGCCUCAGUGCAAGAUCUACAACGACGCCAGCUGUGACAUAUCUGCUGACGGGCAGCUUCUGGCAGUUUUUAUUCCCAGUAGACAGGGGGGCUUCCCUGAUGAGGGCAUCCUGGCUGUGUACUCACUUGCUCCCCAUAACCUGGGAGAGGUGCUCUACACCAAGAGAUUCGGUCCUAAUGCCAUUUCAGUCAGCCUGUCACCCAUGGGAUGUUAUGUGAUGGUGGGACUGGCCUCUCGUCGCAUUCUGCUACACCCAACCACCGACCACAUGGUGGCACAGGUGUUCCGACUGCAGCAGCCUCAUGGUGGAGAGACCUCCAUUAGGAUGGUGUUCAAUGUGGUGUACCCCAUGGCUCCAGACCAGAGGAGACACGUCAGUAUCAAUUCUGCACGCUGGCUGCCAGAACCAGGCAUGGGCCUGGCUUAUGGUACCAACAAAGGAGACCUGGUCAUCUGCAGACCUGUAGACUUCCGUAGUGAGGGAGAAAGCCCCACAGAGCAGAUCACAGAGCCCAUAUUCACUGUGAACAGCAGCUCUGGCACCAUCAGGAGCCGCGGGCCGGAGCGAGCAGGGGCAAGCAGGGCUAGCUUGAGAUUGGACAGAGAUAUGGGCUUGAUGAACGCUAUUGGCCUGCAGCCCCGUCAGCCUGCUCCUACCGUGAUCUCACAGGGAACGCAGACGCCAGUGGUGCGGCUGCAGAACGCAGAGACUCAGACAGAACGGGACUUCCCUGUGCCAGGUGAAGAGAUUUGAAUUAGGACGUGUGUUGUCUCCUGUCCUGUCCUAGGGGAGUCAAGGGCAGGGUCCAGCAUGGGCGAGGACGCUCUGGCCCGGAUCCGGCGGCUGAUGGCGGAAGGCGGCAUGACGGCUGUGGUGCAGCGGGAACAGAGUACGACCAUGGCCUCUAUGGGAGGCUUUGGCAACAACAUUGUGGUCAGCCAUCGCAUCCAUCGUGGCUCUCAGACAGCGGCUGGGGUGGCUCAGGGAGGUGGCCACGCUGAAGGGAGAGACUCUACCCCUGCCGUAGGGAGCACUCCUCCAAUCUCCUUCAGAUCAGAGGUCUUAGCACCACCAGGAGUUGAUGCUGCUCUUCAACACGGACAGUUUCCGUCAGGCCUUGACGAACCACUAGCAGAGACCAGGACAGCAUCAACAUCCCUGAACGUCGAAGGCGAUCACCAUAGUGAACCACAACCUCACUCCUCCACCCAACACAGUUCAUUCACAUUGAACCAUAGCAACAACAACAACAACAACAACAACAGCGGUGACGGUAGUAGUGGUUACCCAGACGAUUUGUACAGCAGAUAGUCAUGUGUCUUGUCCUAAGAGUGUGAGGAAGAUAUCUAUGGAUGUGAUUGGUUGUACAGGACAUUGUGUACAGACUGAGGAUCACAAACACAAAAAACAUUCAAACAAAAAACUCGGACUGUUUGUCUGUCUACUUCUCCUUU